UUCUCAGCACCAGCGAUGACGCGCUCAACACGGGCGGGUGACGUCAUCUCUGAGCGACGGGCUGCUCCAGCGUGUGCAGUGUGUGUGCAGUGUGUGUGUGUGUUUACAGAGGAUCAGAACUGAGCUGUGGCGUGUUACUGAGAGAGAUGGAUCUGCAGGUGUCUGUGGUUCUGCAGGUUCUGUCUCAGGCAAGCAGUCAGGACUCGGCUCUGCUCAAACCUGCAGAGGAACAACUGAGACACUGGGAGAACCAACCAGGGUUCUACUCCAUACUACAGAGUAUCUUUAAUAACCAUGUGUUGGAUGUGAACGUGCGCUGGCUCGCUGUGCUCUACUUCAAAAACGGCAUCGACCGCUACUGGAGGAGGGGCGCCCCGAAUGCUAUCUCAGAAGAGGAGAAAUCAUCUCUGCGUGCAGGACUCAUCACCAACUUCAAUGAGCCUGUCCAUCAGAUAGCGACUCAGAUCGCAGUGUUGAUAGCGAAGGUGGCGAGGUUGGACUGUCCCCGUCAGUGGCCUGAACUCGUCCCCGUGCUGCUGGAGGCCGUUAAACACCCAGACGAGCUCCAUCAGCACCGAGCGCUGCUCACACUCACACACGUCAUCAAAACACUCGCCUCCAAACGCCUCAGUGCCGACCGAGCUCUGUUCCAACACUUGGCCUCCAGCAUCUACAGCUUCGCCUGCUCUCUGUGGAAUCAUCACACAGACAUGUUUCUGCUGAAGAUACAGACUGGAGAACCACACACAGCACUCAGUGCGCUCGAACACACACUGCUGUCUCUGAAGGUGCUGCGUAAGCUGACGGUUAAUGGAUUUGUGGAACCUCAUCAGAACAUGGAGGUGAUGGGUUUUCUCGGUGCGGUGUUCGACAGGUUACGGCAGUUCUUAAAAUGCUGUGGUCAUGUGGGUGCAGCUCACGCCUGCAGAGAGAAACUGGAGAAGAUCAUCAUCCUCUACACUAAAGUCUUCCUGGACUUCCUGGAGACACACCCGCACUCGUUUAUCCCCCUGAUCCAGCGCUCGCUCGAGUUCUCCGUCUCCUUCGUGUUCACUGAGCAGGGCGACGGCCUCGUGUUCGAGCGCUUCAUCGUCCAGUGCAUGAACCUCAUCAAGAUGAUCAUCAAGAACGACGCGUACAGACCGGCGAAGAACGUCGAGGACAGUAAAGCGGAGAGUCUGGAGGCACACAGGAUUAAAUCGGCUUUCUUCACACACUCGACUCUGACUGAGAUCUGUAAAAGACUCGUCUCCAAAUACUUCCUGUUAACGCAGGAAGAGCUCACCAUGUGGGAGGAAGAUCCCGAGAGCUUCGCUGUUGAGGAGACUGGAGGUGAUUCAUGGAAAUACAGUUUGCGGCCAUGUACAGAGGUUUUAUUCCUGGACCUUUUCCACAACUACAGUCAGACUCUGACUCCGGUGCUGCUGGAAAUGGUACACACACUACAGGGUCUCAGUAAUGUUGAUGAUCCAGUGCAGAUGCUGAUGAAGGAUUCAGUGUAUAAUGCGGUGGGAUUGGCGGCGUACGAGCUGUUCGACAGCGUUGAUUUUGAUCAGUGGUUUAAGAAUCAGCUGCUGAUGGAACUUCAGUUUAACCACAGCAGGUAUAAGGUGAUCAGGAGGCGGGUGAUCUGGUUGGUUGGUCAGUGGAUCUCUGUGAAGUUUAAGCCGGAGUUACGUCCCCUGCUUUAUGAAAUCAUCCUCAGCCUCCUGCAGGACCCGGAUCUCGUGGUUCGUAUUGAGACUGCGACAACACUGAAGCUCACUGUUGAUGAUUUUGAGUUCAGAACAGAGCAGUUCCUUCCAUAUGUGGAGUCGAUCUUCGCUCUGUUGUUCCAGUUGUUACAGCAGGUGACUGAGUGUGACAGUAAAAUGCAAAUCCUCCACGUCAUCUCCUGCGUUAUAGAGAGAGUGAGCAUGCAGAUCCGUCCCUACAUAGGUUGCCUAGUUCAGUACCUCCCUCUACUGUGGAAACAGUCUGAAGAACACAACAUGCUGCGCUGCGCUAUCCUCACUACACUCAUCCACCUCGUAAAGGGCCUGGGGGCGGAGAGCAGGAACCUGUAUCCAUUUCUACUGCCUGUCAUUCAGCUGAGCACCGACGUGUCCCAACCACCACACGUCUACCUGCUGGAGGAUGGCCUGGAGCUGUGGUUGGUGACAUUAGAGAACAGUCCCGCUUUAACUCCUGAGCUGCUCAGAAUCUUCCAGAACAUGUCGGCCCUGCUCGAGAUGAGUACAGAGAAUGUGCGGACGUGUUUUCAGAUCAUCAACUCAUACAUGUACCUCUCAGCUACUGACUUCUUGCAGAGUUACGGUGAAGCUCUGUGCAGGUCUUUCUGUGAAUUCCUCAAGGACAUUACAGCCGAGGGACAAGUGCAAGUGCUCAAGGUGGUGGAGAUUGCACUGAAAGUGAGUCCAGUUCUGGCAUCUCACAUGUUCCAGGCUCUCCUGCCCGCUGUGUUCAGAGGAGUGAUAGAGGGAGAGAGGUACCCUGUGGUGAUGUCGACGUAUCUGGGUAUAAUUGGUCGCAUACUCCUGCAGAACUCCAGCUUCUUCUCUUCACUGCUCACCCAGAUGGCCAUGGAGUUCAACCAGGAGCCGGAGCAGCUGUUGGGGAACUUGAUGGAGAUGUGGGUGGACAGGAUGGACAACAUCACACAGCCUGAGAGGAGGAAACUGUCAUCUUUAGCUCUGCUCUCCUUAUUACCUUCAGAUAACACUGUUGUACAGGAGAAGUUCUGUGGGAUUGUUAAUAUCUGUGUCGAGUCUCUACACGAUGUGAUGACUGAAGAUCCGGAGACAGGGACCUUCAAAGACUGUAUGUUGGUGAGUGAAGCGGAGGAGCCGAAGUUCUCUGAUGAUGAAGAACCUCCCACUGAGCAGGACAAGAGGAGGAAACUGCUGGCUCUGGAGGACCCGGUACACACAGUGUCUCUGCAGCAGUGUGUGUAUGAGAAGCUGAAGCUGCAGCAGGGGAUGAUGGGAGAUCAGGGCUUCCAGGCUCUCAUGGAGACGGUGGACACGGAGAUCAUCCACCAGCUGCAGGAGUUCCUACACGGACUGUAACCAUAGCAACGGCAAACAAACAUCACAUCACAGUCGUCACACACACACACACCCACACACCCACACACACACACACACGUCACACACGUCACACACACGUCACAUGUAACCGUCGCUGCUCCAUGUUCCCUGCACGGUGCAUUACUGUGACUCGGACAGUGAGUUAUUUGCAGUGCAUUGUGGGAUUUUCUGCGCUAUGCAGUGAGUCACAUGUGACAGUAGUGUGCUUCCCCAGUAGUGCACUAGGUAGUGAAUAGGGGGCAGUGGAUUAGUGAUUAGCUUUAAUGACUUCAGGAAAGUUUAGAGUUUAGAACCAAAACUUUUUUCUUUCAAUAUUUCUUUUUUUUUUUUUUUUGAGAAAAGUUUCUUCAUUGUAUUUUUUUUACACAAUAAUUUUGCCAGAUGGAUAAAAAGACAUAAAAAUGUGAAACCUCCAUCUGAUUAAUGUUCAUAGAGAGCGAAAAUCAGAUAAAAAUAUAUUUAUUUUUAUAUUUUUAGUUUCUCUCUAUGAAGGUUAAUAAAAUUCUGCAUUAAAAUGUAAAAACAUCUUUUUUUUUUUAAUUGUUUACUUUGUCUUUAUUUGAAGUGACAAGUUAACAUUUAUUUAGAAUUAAAUUUAAUAAAAUCAUUUGAUUUUGCUUUAAUAUUAAUUUUUAAUUUUUGUGAUGUUCAGUGUUAAGAAUUUUUAAUUACACUUAAAUUCAGUGAUUUAAUUUUUAUUUUUUCAGUAAUUAUAUAUUCACACGGAGAUGCUAACGAUGCAUUAACGAGCUAAUUAUCGCUAAUUCACGCCAAGUUUAGCAAAAUUUCUAGCGUGUUAAUUAAACAUGCUAAUUAGUGCAGUGCAGAAUGUGUGUAAUUAGCAAGUUUGCUAAUGAUCUAGCGGAGUUAGCAGAUGUGUGUACAUGUGUAAUACCUGCUGUAAACAACAACAACAACACUUCAGCACAACAACAACAACAACAACACAUUAUUAUUUAAAAACACUGUUAAAAGAGUUCAGUAGAGAUUUAUAUCACUGAGGUCUGAGUGCGAAUAAUUUCAUUCACCUUACAGCUAAUAAUUCUUACACACACACACACACACACACACACACACACACACACACACUCUCUCACACUAACACACACACACACACACACUGGUGUUUUGUUCUACUGUACCCUAUUCCUUUGUAAGAAAUAAAAAUCGCUUCAAUAAAAUCGAUGUUAUUUACUGAAA